UUACCAAGGAAGCACUUCGCUGUUCAUCUUCUAGCGGAAAGCUACCAUCGGAAAUUCCUCCACGGAAAUGGGGAGACAGUUUGCAACGAGAUGCGUCAACGGUUCUUUAUACCUGGGCUACGAGUGCUGAUUCGUCAGGUAUCGAAACAGUGUGUUACCUGCCGCGUUAGAAAUGCUGUUCCAACACCACCUAUGAUGGCAUCCCUACCGACCGCUCGCGUCACAGGAAUGAUUCGACCAUUUACGCACACUGGCGUAGACUAUUUCGGGCCAAUACAGGUCAAACAAGGUCGAAACCUAGUGAAAAGGUGGGUGGCGUUAUUCACUUGCCUCACCAUACGCGCUGUACAUUUAGAGGUAGUACAUAGUCUCUCUACCCAGUCGUGCGUAAUGGCCAUCAGACGAUUUGUGGCUCGCCGUGGUUCCCCAGAAACCUUCUAUAGUGACAACGGAACUAACUUCGUGGGAGCGAGCAACAUUCUUGAGAAACAGAUGCAGGAGAUCCAGGAGAAUUGUGUGAUUACAUUUACCAACAGUAAGACGAGCUGGUGUUUCAAUCCGCCUUCGGCGCCUCACAUGGGCGGCGCUUGGGAGCGCAUGGUACGCUCAGUAAAAACCGCUAUGUCUGCCAUCGCAGACCAUCCACAGCAUCCUAGUGACGAAGUUUUGGAAACAGUAGUGGCAGAAGCCGAGUCGAUUGUCAACUCAAGGCCAUUGACAUACAUUCCGCUUGAGUCGAUGGAAGAAGAGUCACUGACGCCAAACCACUUCCUGUUGUUCAGUACAAAGGGCGUUGCACAACCGGAAACAUCAACAAAGGUGGAAGCAAGUGCCUUGCGAGACAGCUGGCGUCUCGCACAAUGCUUGGUAAACCACUUCUGGGCCCGCUGGAUUCGAGAGUACCUACCAACUUUAACCAGGCGUACAAAGUGGUUUGAACCUACUAAACCGUUGAAAGCAGGAGACCUAGUCAUCGUUGUGGAGGAGAGUAAACGGAACGGUUGGUUAAGGGGUAAGAUCGUGGACGUUAUUAAGGCACCAGAUGGACAAGUUCGGCGAGCAGUUGUACAGACGAAGAAUGGAUUAAUCAAUAGACCUGCAGUAAAGCUAGCACUCCUGGAUCUUCAGACACCUGGAGACGGUCCGGAACUUCACGGGCAGGGGAAUGUUACGAAACCACAGGGUAGAUUCGUUCAACAGGCAGAUGAGUUCAGUUCAGUACCACCCGGUGCUGUCAAUACGAGCAAACAUAAAUGUCAGUUGCGCAAACGUCAGAACAUAUCCUCGUGUGCUGUACUGUCAGAUGGAGCAUAGACACAACGUGAUCAGUCCUUAAUUAUAGUGAAUUUGUAACAGAACGAGAAACUAAAGCUAAUAGUACGGCUAAUUGACUAGUUCAGGCUAAUUAUCACAGAUUUGCAAGAAGGGACAAUACGAACACAGAUAAAAAAGGAGUUUGUUUCGGAUAAACUCGGAAGAAGAAAACGAAAAUCUUUGAAGCUGCGUGUAAGCUGCUAUCAGGAC